UCUCUUCUCACUCAUCGUCUGACUUUCUCUCUCCUCCACCACCUAUACAUACACAUAUACAUAUAUCUCAACUCUUACUCAGUGAGCAUACACACACUCACAUACGCUAAUAAUGGCUCUGCAGGUGUACAGUGCAGCUCCGAGGACCUCAAUGGUUCAAAAUUCUGCCUCACAGGGGAUUAUCACCAAGCAGCCCGCAAUGGUCUGCGUCGCAGGUGAUUACCCUCAGCUGAUGAGGAGGAAAGAGAUAGGGCUGAGGAUGGGAUUCCGGGUCAGGUCCAGCUUGGACGCCACGACGGCGGUUGCGGAGGUGGGCCAGGUGACGGAGGUUACUAAGGACACGUUCUGGCCCAUUGUCAAAGCCGCCGGCGAUAAGACAGUCGUCCUUGAUAUGUACACCCAAUGGUGUGGCCCGUGUAAGAUAAUGGCUCCAAAGUAUCAACAAUUGUCCGAAAAGUAUCAUGAUGUCAUUUUCUUGAAGCUGGACUGCAACCAAGAAAACAAGCCACUAGCAAAGGAGCUAGGAAUUAAGGUGGUUCCUACAUUCAAGAUACUGAAGGACAACAAGAUAAUCAAAGAAGUUACAGGAGCCAAAUAUGACGAUUUAGUUGCUGCAAUCGAGACUGCAAGAUCCACUUAAUAUUUUUUUUCUUUUAAUUUGAAGCUUGCCCGCACCUUGUAACUUGUUAAUAGAUCGACAGUUGUGUUUGUCGGGGAACGACCCAAAAAUCCUGCCAAUAUUAUUUGUAACCCGGUGAAAUGAUGAUGCGUGACACCAAUAACUUUUGCUAUACUAGUAUUUUUCAGUAAUCUCUGUAGAUUCUUGCAUAAUAUAUAACUCUGUGAAAUGAUGAUGCAUGAUACCAUUAUGCACGAA